AUGCCCGUACAGGCCACAUACUCCACUGUAGUUCCUGGCAACAUUCCCCAAUCUUCCGGACUCACCCCCCUCGAUUGUACUACCAUCUCUAUUUUCAUCUGCCGUGUUGCUAACAGUUCGCCCUACGCCCUAGCUUUACAAAAGCUGUUGGACUUGCGAGUGAAAUAUCUUAGGAGCGGUCAAAAUAGAGCGGUCGGGGUGCCCUGGGAUUUGUGGCCCACAGGCCGCGACCACAUCAACCCUGUCUUUCUCAAGCUUCCGAAACUCAUUCACCUCCAAUGUCAAUUACCUGAAAAGAAGUCAGAGUGCGAUGAGGGCGAGGUCGACCCGUACACCGGCCGCCCGGCCACCACCAGCCAGCCCAAGCCACAGCAUCAGAGGCCGGUCUCACAGGCCACUGGUGGCAGCAUUAGCAGUGCUUCUGGGGUGCCAGCGCCCGCCCCCCCUCCAGCGGGGGGCGACCUCUCCCUGAAUUUGAGGGGGGGAUCUCGAGGCACCUCUGCACCUUCAUCCCCGGCUAAGUCACGGGAAUCCCUGCUGCAGCGUGUUCAGUCGUUGACAGGUGCCGCCCGAGAUCAAGGCGCCAACUUAUUAGGCAGUGUAACAUCAGUGGCUUCCGUGGGAAGGGGCUACAACCGCGAUCGAUGCGUUACUCUUUUGGUGGUGGAUGACCAGAACACCGAUUGGUCCAAGUAUUUCAGGGGACGUCGGCUGCCAGGCGAGUGGGAUAUUCGCGUGGAACAAGCAGAGUUUAAGGAACUGUCCGUAACGGCGAAUUCUGAAGGUUCUAAUGUGUCCAUGUCCGUAUAUCGGAGUGGGACCAAAGUAACCAGAUGCUUCAAACCUGAUUUCGUGCUCGUGCGGCAGAAUGUGAGGGAUGCUGGUGCCGACCACCGUGCGCUUCUGCUGGGCCUGAAGUUCGGCGGGGUGCCUUCGAUCAACAGCCUUAAUUCCAUCUACCACUUCCAGGACCGACCAUGGGUAUUUGGACACCUCUUGCAACUACAACGCCGUCUUGGAAGAGAAAACUUCCCACUUAUCGAGCAGACCUAUUAUCACAACUACACCGACAUGACAAUCAACAAUUUUAGGGAUUCC